AUGAGCCAGGUCCCUAUACACGACACCCCAAUACUCGGCAUGGCAGCGCGUCCCAAGGUUUCAAAGGCCGUCGAAUACGGAAACCCAGCCAACUUCUGGGUUGAAUAUCCUUCUGGUCUUAUGGACCUCACGCGUUCGCAGCAUCUCAUGGCUGAUGCAGUGGAACCAUCCUUAGUGGGCUCCGCACAGCUCGACAUCCCUGUGAACGGCGAUCGUACGAUCCGAGUCGACAAGUCUAAGACAGCUGCAGUAAUUAUUGACAUGCAGAACUUCUUCCUGCAUCCCGAACUCCGGAUCCAUAAAACCGGCUUGGAGUGUGUUGACCCGCUUUUGAAGCUUAUCACUCCUCUUCGAAAGCAAGGAGUAAAGAUACUUUGGGUGAAUUGGGGCCUCACUGAUCCUGAGCUGCAAACCAUCCCCCCUUCUUUGGCCAGGGGAUUCAGGAAGGGAGGGUUCGGAGGGUUUGGCACCGAAAUGCCUGGCAAUUUUGGCAGAUUGCUUAUGCGAGACGCUCGCAAUUCGGAGUUGUAUGGUCCCUUGCAAGGGGAGUAUUUGAAGGGACAGCAAGAGGGGACCGACGUUUGGAUUCACAAGAACAGGAUGAGUGGCUUAUGGGGCCAUCAGUCAGCAUUGGACCUCUACUUGAAGGAGAACGGAAUUACAACAUUGCUUUUUGGAGGUGUGAACGCUGACCAGUGUGUUGGGGGCACCCUCGUGGACGCUUACUUCCAAGGCUACGAUUGUGUUCUGGUCGAGGACAUCACAGCGACAACUUCUCCAGCCGGUGGACUUGAGAACGUCAUAUACAACGCUGGAAAUUCUCAAGGUUUCGUCACCAAUACGUCGAACAUCAUCAGUGCGAGCGGCUGA